AUGCAUGGUGGUUGGAAUAGCGACUGGAGCGUGGUGGUUAGAUUAGCGACUGGAGCGCUUUACAAAACGGCGGCCAACCCUAGGUCAGCGGCUGUUGCCGGAGCUAUUGGUGGAAUAGCGGUGGGAUUAGCCAUGACGGGGAAGCAGAUUUUGAAGAGAUUCGUUUUUGUGGCUUUAUUGGUUGAUGAAUAUUUGUUCAGUGUUGCUGCUUCAUCCAAUCUUGCCCUCAAACAGCCCACCAUCAGAGUUGUGGCUAUUAUAGCUGGAGCUUUCAAAAUUGGUGACACUGAAGGAACAAUUGAUAACAUUAUUCAAUGCAAACUUUACAGACCUGGAUAUGUUGGAUUUGUCUCCAAAUCUGAUGAUGCUAUAAGAAAUCCAUUUAGUGCGAAAACCAUUCACGAGUAA